AUGGCUGCUGAAAGUAUUCUAGUUAACGGUGUAACUGAGAUCUUGAAACCGUUGAUCUCUCUAGUUUCUCAACGGAUUACUUCGGCAUGGGGUGUAAAAGACGACUUAAGAAAGCUUAUGGAAACCUUAGCGUCAAUUCAAGCUCUAAUUACUUCUGCUGAGGAAAAACAAGUUAAUGAUCCUACUGUCAGACUUUGGAUGAGAAACCUUAAAGACGUUGUCUAUGAUGCAGACGACGUUAUGGAUGAGUUUAUUUACGAAACCAUGCGUCCCAUUAAGAUGGCACGCAAAAUUCUGGUUUCAUCCUCCAACCCGCUUGUAGUUAAAUUCAAGAUGGCACGUAAAAUUCGAGCCAUCAAUGAGAGGUUAGAUAAAAUCAACAAAGACAGUAAAACGUAUCAGUUGCAAAAUAUUACCCAAAACAAUCCGACUGUGGUUUUGCAAAGUAAUCGGUUGACUUCAUCCGUUGGUGGGACUGAUUCAUUAUUUUUAGGGAGGGAGGCUGCAAAAUCAGACAUAAUAAAGAUAUUGAUCGGCAAGCCGUCGACAUCAUCAUCUGGGAUUUCUUAUCAACCUCAAAAUGUAUCAACUUUAUCAAUUGUGGGUAUGGGUGGAAUGGGUAAAACUACAUUAGCCCAAAUGGUCUACAAUGAUAACUCCGUGGAGAGAAAUUUUGAGCUAAGAGCUUGGGUUUGUGUCUCUCAUCCUUUUCAUAUCUUUAAGAUUCUAAAAGAUGUCAACGAAUCCAUUACUGGAAGUAAAUGUGAGGAUCUAUCAAAUGUCGAUGUACUGGCAAAACAGGUCAAGGAAAAAUUGAUCGGUAAGAAAUAUUUGCUAGUUCUCGACGAUUUGUGGAACGAGAAUGUUACGUAUUGGGAAAAACUGAAGAACUACCUAAGCUAUGGCGGCAUCGGCAGCAAGAUAUUAGUUACUACACGCAGCCAAACAGUUGCAUCAGUUGUAGGCGGUGAUGCUCGUGAUCUUGAAAAGUUAUCAAAUGAUGUUUGUUGGUCCAUUAUUGAGAAGAAAGUAUUGUCCCAGGGUGGAGCGGUGUUGACUGAUCCAGAAAUGAUCAGUAUUGGCAAGGAUAUAGCAAAAAAAUGUGAUGGUGUACCCCUUGCGGCCAACUUACUUGGAAGUUCAAUGUGUUUGAAAAGAGAGAAAAGCUAUUGGAGGUCAAUCGUAGACGACAUUGAUCGAUUGCGAGGUACAUCUGAAUAUGAUCAUGUCAUUUCAAUUUUAAAGUUGAGCUACGAUAAUUUAUCUCCUCCUUUGAAGCAAUGUUUUUCAUAUUGUUGUAUUUUCCCGAAAGAUUGGGAAAUAAAUAGAGAAAUGUUAAUUCGGUUAUGGAUGGCCGAAGGAUUCGUUUUUCCAUCAGGUGGAGGAGAAAAUAUAUCUCUUGAAGAUAUUGGAAAUGAAUAUUUUGAGUGUUCGUUGUGGAGUUCGUUCUUCCAAGAUGUGGAGAAGGAUGAAGAGUCGGGUGACAUUACAACAUGUAAGAUGCAUGAUUUGGUUCAUGAUCUCGCAACGAGUGUUCUGGAUCCUAAUGAAUUUAGAAUUUCGAACGUAAGAGAUGAAAAGGAAGACGUUCGUCGCUUACAACUGCAGUUUGAUGAAGGACAAAGUUUGGCAUCUCCAAAAGUAUUAUCAAAUGCAGUGAAACUGCGUACAAUUGUUGCUCUUAACCCAAAGAAUAUUUUGCACAUCAAUUCUUUCUUUCAAUGUAGGCGUUUACGCGUACUAUGUCGUCUCAGUAACCGGUAUCAGUGGGAAGUACCUUCUAGCAGAAUGUCUUGCCUUGUGUUACGGGAAUUAUGUUCUGCUUCUUCGAUUUCUAAGCUGAAGCAUUUGAGGUACCUUGACCUCUCAAACCUGGAUUUAUCUCCUGAGGUAUCUUUAAGUUUAAGUCAUUCUUACAAUUUGCAAACACUCAUACUGAGAGGAUGCAGAAACGUUCCUAGCUGUCUUUUUAAUAAGAUUGGAUCUUUGAAGAGUUUGAGGCAUCUUGAUUUCUCGCAUUCGGAUAUUAAAUCUAUACCUGAAAAUAUUGGGUCCUUUGAACAUCUAAGUUUCCUUGAUGUUUCACGUACACCAAUCUCAAAGAUACCGGAUUCCAUCACUCGUAUCAGCAGUUUAAAAACGUUGAAGUUCGAUUCUUGUCGGAAUUUAGUUGGCUUACCAAGUCAGCUAGGAGCACUGACACGACUAAGUUGUCUUGAUUUGAGUGGUACUAAUAUAAAAGUAUUGCCUGAAUCAUGCAUUAGCAACCUCUGCAAUUUGGAGAUAAUGAAACUUGGUAGAGAGUGUGAGCGGCCGAAAGAAAUAAAGAAUUGGCCGAAAUUGAGAAUUUUUACUCAUGAGAGAUUUUAUGAUGUGAUGCCUAGAGGUAUAGAAAGGCUUACCUGCCUUGAAACAUUAUAUUACGUUGCUAGACAAGAAACAGAGGUCUGUGGAAGUCCCAGUAAUAAGCGUUGUAGUGGCAUUGAAGAUUUAGCGGGUUUAAACUCCCUUCGGGAGUUAUGGAUCAUAAAACUUGAAAAUGUGAGAGGUGGAAUAGAAGAUGCAGAAACAGCAAAAUUGAAGGACAAGCAACAUCUUCGAGAAUUAAAUCUGUAUUGGGGUUCCACUGAUGAUGACCAAGUACCGAGAAGUGUAAAUGAUACGGCUGUGUUGGAGGGUCUCCAGCCUCACUCAAAUUUGAAAACAUUGGACAUAAAUGGAUUCUCAGGUUUAAAGCUUCCAAAGUGGAUGAUGGGUUGUUCAUUGUCUAACUACCUUCCGGAUUUGGCGAAAAUAGAUUUUACAGAUUUCAAUAAUUGUGAGCAGCUUCCAUCUCUGGGCAUGCUCCCAUUUCUUAGGGAUCUUUCGAUCUGGAGUAUGAAAUCAAUCAAGUGUCUGGGUGAAGAAUUCUAUUAUCAACAAGAAAACAGAGAAGAAGAAGAAAGCAGUAGUACUGCAAAGAGAUCCUGCUCAUUAUUAUUCCCUUGGUUAGUUGAUUUGUGGAUAAUCGAUUUGGAAAACUUAGAAGAAUGGGUUGCUCCUCCACUUUCUUCUACUUCUUCUUGUUUUCCUUCUCUUGAGACGAUGACAAUCAGAAACUGUAAAAGAUUGAGAAGCACCCCACCGAUAACUUCGUUUUCUUCUCUUAAGAGAUUGGAAUUAUGGGGUAUCAAUGAUAACGCAGUGAACUCAUUACUCAAUAUAGGAGGAGAAGGAUGUCUGCCCUCUCUCACAUCCUUCGAAAUAUGGGAUUCUCCAGAUCAAAUAUAUUUACCACCAUUCGGCGCACUACUACAACACAGUACUCAGUCCCUUAAAAUUACUCACUGCUCAAAUUUUCAAGGUUUUCGUGAUGAUGGCGAUAAUCGAAACAACAACAACAGUUCUAUUCGUUCGCUGUGGCUACAAUAUUGUCCUGUUCUCACAUCUCUACCGGAUUUACGAUUAUGUACUUCUCUCCGGGAAUUGAGGAUCAACAACUGCGAUAAACUGAAGAAUAAGGAGUCAAUACCCUAUGAUCUUAAGAAGUCCCUCGCGUUUCUUGAUGUACUCAAAGUUGAUUUCAUCCAAAGAGACGAGGGUGGUCCGGAUGUCUCUAAUGUAUUUGAGUUAACUAAUUUGAUGGAGAAGAAGAAGUAG